AUGCACAAUUUUGAGGAUGAGUUAACGUGUCCCAUAUGUUACAGUAUUUUUGAAGAUCCUCGUGUACUACCAUGCUCUCAUACAUUUUGUAGAAGUUGUUUGGAAAACGUUCUUCAGGCAUCUGGCAACUUUUAUAUAUGGAGACCUUUGCGAAUUCCACUCAAGUGCCCCAAUUGCAGAAGUGUUAUUGAGAUAGCUCCAACUGGCAUUGAAUCUUUGCCUGUUAAUUUUGCAUUAAGGGCGAUUAUUGAAAAGUACCAGCAAGAAGACCAUCCAGACAUUGUCACCUGCCCUGAACAUUAUAGUCAGCCAUUAAAUGUUUAUUGUUUACUAGAUAAAAAGUUAGUUUGUGGUCAUUGCCUCACCAUUGGUCAACAUCAUGGCCAUCCUAUCGAUGACCUUCAGAGUGCCUAUCUGAAAGAAAAGGACACACCUCAAAAGCUGCUUGCACAGCUAACUGAUGCACACUGGACAGAUGUGACGCAUCUCAUUGACAAGCUGGAACAUGAGAAAGCGCAUUCGGAGGAAAUGGUCCAAUGUGAUAAGGAAGUGGUUCUCCUGUAUUUUAAGGAGCUCGGCGAUGUACUGGAGCAGAAGAAGGAACACCUCUUAGCUGCUCUCUGUGAUGUUAGAAAUCUGAUUAAUCAAGAGUAUACUCCACAAAUUGAAAGAUUGAAGGAAAUAAGAGAGGAACAGCUUGAAUUAAUGACAGAGACCACAUCUUUACAGGAAGAAUCUCCACUUAAAUUUCUUGAGAAAAUUGAUGAUGUCCGUCAGCGUGUGCAGAUGUUGAAACAAAGACCGCUUCCCGAAGUCCAGCCUGUUGAGAUUUAUCCACGAGUAAGCCAAGUAUUAAAAGAAGAAUGGUGCAGAACAGAAAUUGGACAGAUCAAUAAAGUCCUUAUUCCUGAAAUGAAAAUUUCUUCUAAGAGGAUGCCACCAUCUUGCUGGCCCGUUAAGGAUGAAAAAGAAAUUGAACUUUUUAAAAUCUUAAACUUUGUUAUAGUUACACUAAUUUCAGUGCUAUUGAUGUUGAUACUAUUUUUUAACCAACAUAUAAUCACUUUUUUAAAUGAAAUUACUUCAAUUUGUCUUUCUGACAUCGUUCUAUCUGUUUAUCAAAGUUUUUGCAACAACCUGUAUGAUUUAAAGGAUAAACUAUGUCACAUUUUACAUUUGUUGAAGGAAUUUACAUAGAAAACUGAUUCUCGUUGAAAACUCAAUACGCUUAUUCUGUACUAUAGACUUAAUGGAGGAUAAGGGAUAGCAUGGCUAAAGUAAAACUUAACUUGCAACAUGUAUAGGAAGAUACUUUUCAUAUUUCUGAUAGAAACAGAACUGACACAUGAUACUGUGGAACAUGAUUCAAAUCUUUAGAAAAUGAGAAAAUACAUGAUUUGAAUAUUUACUAAAAAUAUCUCUUUGACUUGAUAAAAGUUAGUUAAAGGUGGUAGUGGUUUAGUCUUGUCAUUGAGUUUUCGGUAAAAACUCAACAUGUUACUUGAACUGAACGGAGUUGGUGAGAUUCCAUUCCUAACAGAUUUUUAAGGACAUAUGUUACCGUUUGUCUUAAAAAUUUUGUUUAGAAAUAGCUUUUCUAUGUUCUUAACAUUCCCUUAAGCUGAUACCAAAGAGACAAUUUACCAUAUAUACUCAAGUGUAAGCCGACCAUACCUAAUUUUACCACAAAAACGGCAUUAAAAAUGUGCUGAAAAACGAGUAUAUAUGGUAUGUGAAUUUUGCUUAAUUCAAUGAUGAGCUGUGAUGCUUGUGGUAGGGCAAUGCUAGGUGUAAACUCACUUUCCAAACCUCAAGAGGCAGUUAACUCCUACACCUUUGAACUGAAACUUUCGAGGCUAGGUUAGGGCAAUGUUUCUGCCCUACACAUUGCAUUACUUCUACAAACCCAACUACAGACACGGCUGCAUUGAUUUCACUAAAAUCUUUACUUACUAGGAGGAAGCUUCAAAAAGUAUGGGGAAAAAAUCCUCGUUUUUAAUCCACCACCCCCCCAAACUCUUUGUAGCCCCCUUACUUGCCUUACCACAAAAGUGCUAUAUACUGUGGAGCAUUGAAAUGUUAACUGUUCUGCAUUGAGCACUUACUCUCAAGUUGAAAAUGAGCAUUGGGUUUUUAUAAAAUGACACAAAGGUAACUUGCUUUAGCCCACCAUAUAAGGUGGUAGUGAGAACCAGAAUUCUGAUCCUUACUCUUUCCAUUAAGCAAAUUUAGUCUCUUUAAUAAUUAACAUUUUAGGCUUUUGCUAAGUAUAAAUUGCCAAGUACUAAGUAACAUGCUACUGUUUCAAAUUUCUUUUUACCAGGAUUGUUUAAUGUAGUAGUACCUUUAAAGUUUUAUAUAUAAAAGUAUCUUAAUAAACUCAUUUUGAUAUUUCAUUA